AUGGAUGGAUCUUGCGUGGGGUACAGCACGGCUGUGCCCGACCACACGUGCCAGGAGGGCAGCCCGCAGUACGGGAAAUGUAUUCAGCAGACAUCGGUUGCGAAGCAGCUGAUUUGCAAGGACGGAUUCAGUUUGGACAUUUCUAAAGGGGGUGUUUGCGUCAGAGACCUGGCCUCGGCGCCACUGAAAACCUGCCCUCCGGGGUCGCAAUGGGUGGAUGAUAAGUGCGUAACGGCGAUAAAGGAGGCGCCAAGUCUGACUUGUCCCAGUGGCUAUGAGUUUAACGGGCAGCGAUGCGACAAGGUGACCCGCUCGCCGAUGGAGACACACUGCGCAGACGGCUUCAUUUUGCACCCGGUGAAAGGCAAGUGUCUAAAGGAGGUCCGAUUGCCUGUUGCCGUGGACUGUCCCGCCGGAACGGAAAUGGUUCUGGGUCGUUGCCAGUUGCGCGAAAUGUUGCCCGUGAACGUGUCUUGUCCGCCGGGCCAGGAGCUGACGGGCGACUUGUGUUUGUUUUACGACCGCGCUGCGCCGCUCUUCCGCUGUCCCCCGACGCUGGUGCUAAACCCUUUGACCAAUUACUGUGAAGGCGAUCUGACGGCCGACCCGAUUCCGGAGUGCACCAAAGGAACAUACUAUAACCCGAUGACCGGACAGUGUGGGUCCGCCUUUAAGGUGAAGCAACCGAACCUGGCGUGUCCGCCGGAUUUCCACUUUGCGGGAAAGCGGCUUUGCGUCAAACACGUGCAGGAGCCGGGCAUCAAAGAGUGUCCCGCCGGCUUUGCGUUGGAAUCGAAAGAUUCGUGUGUUGCUCGACGAACGAACCCUGCACAGAUCAAGUGUCCCGCGGGUAGUGUGCAUCAGGGCAAUUUGUGCGUGACCACACGCCAACUGGACGCGUUGUACACUUGUCCUAGCGAGACAGUGCGACAGGGCGAAUUGUGUGUGGGUAUUGUGUACGGCGCACCUCGGCGUGCCUGUCCGCCUGGGUUCUUCGGCGGACAGGAUAAGGAGCGCAUCUGCGUUAAAAAGGACUCAGUCGCCCCGAGCGCGCGUUGUCCAGUGGGCACGGUGCGUUCGGAGGGACAGCAGAGCAUCGUGUGCAUCGGGACGCUGGAGGUGGACAAGGAGCGUUACUGUGCGCCGGGUCAGCGGCAGAACAGCGAGGAGUGCUUGGAGACGGUGACGGAGCCGGCGACGGAAGCUUGUCCGCCCGGGUACUAUGAGGACCUGCAGUUGGGUCGUUGUUUCACGGCGGAGUUGUUGCCAUCGCACGCUAUUUGUCCGGCCGGUUUCAAGUUGGUUGGCAACAAGUGUCUGAAGCAGCAUGUGCGAGCGGCGGAGAUCGUGUGUCCACCAGGAUACAGUCGUUCGGGACCGUUGGAGUGUGCAAAGAAGACGACCGUGCCGGUUAUCCACCAGUGUGCGUUCGGUUUCGAGUACGACGGGUUGCGUGGCUACUGUACGGCUACGAAGGUGAAGUACGAGUUCGCCCACCAGCCUGAGGAGGAUGAGGAGACGACUACCACGGAGGCGCCGGAGGAGCAGUUGAAAGACAUCGAGGUCACAACGCCGGCACCGUCGCACACGAUUACGGUAGGCGGGACGUUUGUGGCGACGACAGAAGCGACUACGACACCUGAGGCGACGAUCGAGGUGCAGGUGACGAAGCCGAUUGUGCAGAAAGGUUUGGUGGUGCGGAAUGAAGUGAUCACAUUGUCGGGGCCAGCUUCGCAAGUGGCCCGGAACCAGCAGGUGUUAAGUCAAGGAGGGGACGUGCAGGACCUCGGUUCGGAAGUUAAGGUAGAGUAUGCGCCACCAAAUGUGGCUUUUUAG